GAUGUGUUGAAGAAGAUUGCAGAACGCGGCGGUGUUGAGCAUCUUUUGGUGAACAAUUUUCACCGUGCGAACGGUUAAGAAACGCUCGAAAAGCGACUUCUACGGGCGGCCAAAGAACGCAAUCAGUGAAAAUCGAAAAGAACAAAAAACUGUACAAAACAGCCUACUGUGCUGGUGUGGUUCGAAACGCGAGAGUGUCGUUUUGGUGUUGCGACCGUGGUGUCUCGAAGGCUAGCGAACUGAACAACCGCAGAUUCCUGUGGUGAUCGACGAAGGUGGUGGCAGUCGAUGCGGUGAAGUGGUUGGACCUCUCUUCUUGCCUAUAAGAUAUACCCUGAGCAAACGUUGGCGGUUCGUCCGUCGUGACGAGUAAUCGACGGGAUACGACCCGAUACAGGGUUUGCGCGAAAGAAUACACAAAAAUAAAUACACACACGCGGCACAUGUGCAGAUGCACGUGUGUGGGGACGCGAACUGAGGAAAAUCUUUCUCUGCCGUACAACAACGCUACCACGGAAGGGCUUGAGCGAUGAGUGCCCCUGAUAACGCGAAAGCGCCCGCGUCUGCUCCAGAACAACAGCAACAACAGCAACAGCAACGACACCAGCAUCAGCAUCUUCUUCAUCAUCCGAAUGCGGCGGUCGUGCCACCGACCACGUUGCCUGCUUCGUCAUCAACAGUAGUUGCUCCGGUAGCUGCAUCAGCAUCAGCAGCAGUUGUUCUAGGAGGAGCAACAACAGUGACACCAGCGGCCAGUGGAACGGCAACAGUAGCGACUGGUACCGUUACUUUGCCUUUGACGACAACAACGAUAAUCGAAGCAAGCGGGGGUGGGGCAUCCAUCGCUACAGCUACGAUUCACGCCACCGGCAGCAAUAACAGUGACACUAGUGGAGGCAACAACGCCACUAAUGAUGCUUCUUCUAUUACAAAAACUACUUCACCAAUCGCCAGUAGUGGUCCUCUGCCACCCAUUGGUACGCUAGCUGCGGCUAGUACCACCAUUGCGGUGGUGGGCAAGCAAGCAAACCCUACCGGUGUUGCUACUGUUGUUUCUGCCACUAGUUCGGGACCAGAAAAUGAAACCAAUCCAACUGAUAUCGGUUCUGGUAGCUCCUCUUGCACACCAACCGUCUCGCCCGUGGUUUCGCGUGAUGGAGAAAAGCCAACGGCCAUUGCUGUGCCUGCAGUAACAGUGGCUAGUGGUGGUGGUGCAGUUGGAGUGACAUUAAAAGGUAGUCCACCUGGAGCACCAACGGUGGCCGGUGCUGUUGGCGGCGGUAGUAACGUUGUCACCGGUGGUGCGACCAAGAAUAAUAGUGGCGGCUCUGGUGGUAUUGGUGGUUCAGGGACAACAUCUGUCUCUACGGCAGCAGGCCCCUCUUCCAGUCGUAGUGGACGUAGUGAAGUUGCAGAAAAGCAAUCACUAGAACAGCACUGCCGGAUGCUGGAAGGUGAGCUACAGGCGGUUAAGGAAUCGGAAACAAAACUCAAACAACAGUAUAGCGAGUCUCAGCGCCGGGAACGUAUUCUUACUCGGAGGCUUCUGGCUAAGGAUCAAGAAGUACAAGACUAUGUCAACCAGAUUACGGAACUUAAAGCAGCCCAAGCACCGGGACCGGCGGCAUUACGAUCGGCACUGCUCGAUCCAGCGGUCAACAUACUCUUUCAAAAGCUUAAGGCGGAACUACAGGCCACGAAGGCGAAACUGGAGGAAACGCAAAAUGAGCUGUCUGCGUGGAAGUUUACGCCCGACUCGAACACGGGCAAGCGACUGAUGGCCAAGUGUCGACUGUUGUACCAGGAGAACGAAGAACUUGGCAAGAUGACCUCCAACGGUCGGCUGGCGAAGCUGGAGAGUGAGCUCGCCCUGCAGAAAAGCUACAACGAGGAAGUAAAGAAAUCACAGCUGGAAUUGGACGACUUCCUUCAGGAGCUGGAUGAGGACGUUGAGGGUAUGCAGGGUACGAUCGUGUUUCUGCAGCAGGAGCUGAAACAAACCAAGGACAGCCGGGACGAGCUGGAGAAGGAGGUGUGUCAGCUGCGUGCCUACGUUGCUAGUUUGGCCUCAGCGGCUGGCCCUAAUGACGAUCUGUCCUGCGCCGGUGGUGGCACACCGACAGAGGAGUCUGCAAUGCAGGAAGCGGCCGCACUGUUGCACGGUGGCAAGAGCAACACCACCUACCAUCACCCCGACGGUGGCGGCGGUAGAAGUGGGGACAUUAUCGGUGGUAGUAGUAUGGGUGGUGGCGUUACGCCCAUUUAUCUAGUGAACGGUGCUGGAGGCAGUGCCGGUAGCGCCAAUAAUGCCAACCACGGCAGUAACCGAUUGCUGGUGAAUAAGAGUUCAAGUGUUGUUGGUGAUCAAGAUUCGGUUUACAAUCGGACGCACUGUGGUGGUGUCUCGGUCUAUAGCAGUGAGUUACGAACUACAGCAGCCGGAACCGGCGUGUCCCACAGUACCGCCGGGCUGGCCGCCGCCGCAGCAGCGACAACUUCACCAGCCGCCUCCUUAUCCUCAUCGUCGUCAGCAACGGCAUCAAUUACAACGUCAGCAGCUUCGUCCGAAGCGAAUCGGUCGCCUGUGAAUGGUGCGAUUACUGUCAGUGACAUCGCAGUAGCCACAGCCGGUGGUGGGCCGCCGUUGCUCGGUGCAACGAAUAGUAGCGGCAAUAGCAAUAGUAGUUGUGGUGGUGACAGUAACAUUGCCACCGGUGACAGUGUGCAUAGUGGUAGUAACAGUGCUGCAGCAGCAUCCAUCAAGCAGCAACAACAACAGCCGCAGCAAUCGCAGCGGACCUCGAGUAACACUAACACCGGUCGUAACGGUGGACGAACAGUGGGCGCCAGAAAGCGAAACUACACCGAUACGGAAAGCGAGCUUACGGAGCAUCCCUCCGACGCCAGUAGUAGCGGUAGUGCUGGUGUUCGCAGUGGUGACGCUUUCGAGGGUAGUGGCGGUACCGUAGUGCCGAUGGUGGUCGAUGGUGUUGUGGAGAGUGUUGCAAAUGGGAAGGUACUGCUAGGAACCACCGAUGGUAGUGGCUCUCUUCUGUCAGCGGCGGAACAGCAGGACGAUACGAACAGCAAUAAGCGCAUGACACGGUCCGGCAAGGGGAAGGGGCUGAUUGUUCCACCCGCGACACCCGGCACGGCGCAGCAACAGGGUGGUUCAGCGCACGCAGUAGCACUAGUAUCCAACAGUGCCGUAUCCGCUACCAACGUGCAUGUUGCUAGUGCAGCGAAAAAGCUUCGCCGAGGAUCGCUGGCCAUAGAGGAUGAAACCACCGAUGCAGCGUCCAUCUCCGAACCCCAGACCACACACCUUGCGGUACAUCCGUCGCAGCAGCAGCCUCAGUCGGUAACGUCCGCAAACGGGUCGAACUAGUAGUGUUAUCACCACCGUUGUGUACCCUCUGGACGGACACUGGCCAACACCAUGCUCCCCAAUGCUGGCUAUUGAGAUAUGCGUGCGCGACCGUGGUUGCAGCUGUUCGUCUGUCUAUGUGUGUGUGUGUGUGUGAGUAUGUGAGUUGGUGUUUAUGUGGUUGAGCUAGUUGUAUCGCGUGUGACCACCGCAAAAAAGGCACAAGAGAGUUGUAAUAUAAAACGGAGGAAAACUAAUAAUCAUAUUGGUCAACCUGGCUGCUGCUGACCUCCGCCAUACCACCGUUGCGUUGGUAGUCGGUCAUCCGCCUGCCUCGUUCUGGGCUAGUUUGAACUCCCGUUCGGAUGGUGCAUGGGUGAAGGGAUGAGUACCGCAGAUCGAACGUUUGUUUGCGCGUGCAGACCGGAACAAGCGAUAUCAUAUGGUUUUUCAUGGAUUUAGAGGAGCAAAAAAGCGCAGAAAAAUGCAGAAUAAACAAUCAAAAAAAAAAAAGGGAAAA